AUGCCUACCAAAACCCCCGCCCCAUGCGACUUCCCAUCCGAACUUACCGUGACCAUCACACCUGCCCCACCCUUCCCCGCCCGCUCCCAAUCAGCAUCCCCAGCCCCAAACAUCCUACUCCUACUCCAUGGCCUCGGAGACACAGCCGCAUCGUUCACAAAAUUCGCCGAAGCCAUCCGGCUCCCAGAAACCACCAUCGUCACAGUGCAAGGCACAGCCCCUCUGCCCUUCGACCUGGGCGGCUUCCAUUGGGGCGACGAUGUCUCCUUCGACUCCGCGACCGGCGCGCUAGACAUGGACGCCGGCAUGACGCGCAGCACGAGGAUUCUGGUCGAGGACGUCGUGCGGGACACGCUCGUACAGAAAUGCGGGUACGCGCUGCGUGAGAUUAUGGCGCUGGGUUUCGGGCAGGGCGGAAUGGCUGCGCUGGCUAUGGCGCGGGAGCUCGGGCUGAAGGGGAAGGAAGCUGGAAAUGGUAACGGUAACGCGGACAGUGGGGAGGUUGGUACCCUCUCUGGUGUCAUCUCUAUCGGGGCGCCUUAUCCGUUGUCAGGAUCCAGGGUCGGGAAUACGAAUCGCACCCCGGUGCUACUGGUUGCUGGCAGGGAUUCGGUGGCGGUUUCGGAUGAGGCGGUGCGUAGGACAAAGCAGGUUUUUGAGUUCGUCGAGGUGAGCCGGUAUGCUAGGCGGGGGGAUGGGAUGCCCUCGAAUCGGGAGGAGAUGUUGCCUGUUAUGCAGUUCUUUGCGCGCAGGUUACGGAGUAGACAGGGUGUUCCUGAGGGCAGUGUGGAGAUUAGCUGA